UCUUCUCAUUUGAUACUAACAGCAAAAGGACAACUCUACGUCUAACUUAUUUGACUUCAUUAUUUGGCUUUCAAUUACAUUAACUAGAUGAAAACCAUACAGAAAUUAGCCUGUGAACUAUAAGACACAGGCUUAAAUAAUUUGAUUGAAACGUUACAGAUAAUUCAGCUGUUCUCUCAAGGGCAGGACUCCAACACUGCAGGUGGAAAAGCAACAAAAAGAACAAGACAAAGAAAACUAGGAGGAUUUUUCCUGGGAGACACACAUUAGCUAUGUGAAGCCAACCGUUACUGAGAGAAAAUGCCAAACUUUUCUUUGUUCAACACAAUCAUUUUUGCUUCUUAAAAGGAAACGGAAGAUGAAAGACCGACUUCAAGAACUAAAGCAACGAACAAAAGAAAUCGAACUCUCCAGAGACAGGCAUGUGUUGACUACAGAAGCAGAAGAACAAGGGCUGUUUUUGCAGCAAGCUGUUAUUUAUGAAAGAGAGCCGGUAGCUGAGAGACACUUACAUGAGAUCCAAAAACUACAGGAGAGUAUUAACAAUUUGACAGAUGAUGUUCAAAAAUUUGGGCAGCAACAGAGAAGUCUGGUGGCUUCAAUGAGAAGGUUUAGUCUACUUAAGAGAGAGUCUAGCAUUACAAAGGAGAUAAAAAUACAAGCAGAACACAUUAACAGAGGUUUGGAUGAUUUAGUAAAAGAAGUUAAGAAGUCAGAGGCUGAAAAUGGUCCAUCAGCAGUGGUGACAAGGAUACUUAAAUCUCAGCAUGCUGCGAUGUUCCGCCAAUUUCAGCAAACAAUGUUUGCAUACAAUGACACAUUAGCAGCAAAGCAGGAGAAGUGCAAGACAUUUAUUUUCCGUCAGCUUGAAGUUGCUGGAAAAGAAGUGCCUGAAGAAGAAGUAAAUGAUAUGCUUUAUCAAGGCAAAUGGGAAGUUUUUAAUGAAAGCUUACUUACAGAAAUCACUAUCACUAAAGCACAACUCUCAGAGAUAGAACAAAGACACAAGGAACUUGUUAAUUUGGAGAACCAAAUAAAAGAUUUAAGGGACCUUUUCAUUCAGAUAUCUCUUUUAGUAGAGGAACAAGGAGAAAGCAUCAACAAUAUCGAAAUGAUAGUGAAUGGUACAAAAGAAUAUGUUAACACUACUAAAGAGAAAUUUGGACUUGCUGUAAAAUACAAAAAAAGAAAUCCUUGUAAGGUAUUGUGUUGUUGGUGUUGCCCGUGCUGUGGCUCAAAAUAAAGAAGCUAUUUUAGACAUUUU